AUGUCUCCAGGACGGGUGACUGAGCUAGAUGAGUACGAUUUUAUCGUUUGCGGCGCCGGAACAUCAGGGUGCGUGGUAGCGGGUCGACUUGCUGAAGACAGCAAUUCUCGGAUCCUGCUGGUCGAAGCAGGUCCUCACAACCAAGAUUUGGAGAAUGUGCAUAUGGUCGGAGGCUGGUCCAAAAACUUCGACUCGGAGACGGAUUGGAAUCUCGUCACCGAGCCCAUGGAGGGCGUCGAUGGGAGGCAGGUCAAGCUCAGCCGAGGCAAAUUCUUGGGGGGCUCGAGUGGCGUGAACGGCACGCUCUGUGUUCGGGGGUGCAAGCAGGACUAUGAUGACUGGAAUCUGCCCGGAUGGUCUGGCGAGGAGAUGUUCGCAUCCAUGUGCAAAUCCGAGUCAUUCCACAACAAACCGUGGUUCGAGGCGAAUGAGAACGCCCACGGUUAUGAUGGGCCGCUCCACACCGAGCCGCAUGAUCUCGCCCCGAUCUCGAAACUGUUGCUCGAGUCCAUGGAAUCGACGGGUCUGCCGUUGGUCCCUGAUAUGUUCAGUACGGGGGAAACCGCGCAUGGCUGUGGACAUGUUCCGCGAACACAUCAUCAAGGCAUUCGGACCACCGCGGCCGAUUUUGUGACAAAUGCUCACCAUCGGAAUAAUAUCGACAUCGUCGUUGAGACCGUCGUGGACAAGAUCAACUUCGAGCAGAAAGACGGCGACUUACAAGCCACAGGCGUGAGUCUUGUCGACAGAAGUGGAGGCAAACGAGCCGUCAAAGCCAGAAAGGAAAUCACGGUCUCUGCAGGGUCAUAUUGCUCCCCAGCGAUUCUUCUUCGUUCAGGAAUAGGACCAAAGGCGGAACUCGAGAAGUUAGGCAUCCACUGCCUUGUCGAUUCGCCUGGCGUCGGAAAGAAUCUGCUUGAUCAUCUUAUCGUGUUUGCGUUUUACGAGACCGAGCAGGAAGGCUUGACAAAUGAUUCCAUGGUAUACCACGGCGACGCUGCAAUGGCCGCCUACAUGUUGUAUAAGGACAAGAAAGAAGGCGUUUUAUCCACCUUCCCGUUCGGUGCUUUCGCCUUCGCCAGACUGGACGAUAGGUUGCAAGACGACCCCUUAUGGAGGGAGGCGAAAAAGGAGCCGGGUCGCGAUCCGAUGGGACUGUCGCCUAAUCAGCCUAACAUUGAGUUCUUCACCACCGAACUGUACGGCGGUCCAAAGCAGUACGCCGAUUUUCCGAUAGACAAGAAGCAUGCCUUUGCGAUGAUCACGGAGCUCUUCUCCCCACGAUCCAAAGGCACCGUGACCUUGAAAUCGACCGACCCCUUGGAGAACCCAGCGAUAGACUGCAACUACCUUGCGGAUGCGCUCGACCUGUUGGUUCUGACCGAAGGCUGCAGACUUGGAAACGAGAUAGUCAUGCAAGGAGCCGGGACGAAGGAUGUCGUGAAAGGUUCAUGGCCUCCUAGUUUGACACAUCAUGCUUUUACCGCUCGAGAAGAGUGGAUCCCGUACGUGAAACAGCAUGCAACAACAUGCUACCAUGCGGCCGGGACGUGCAAGAUGGGACGCUCCGACGACAGGAUGGCCGUCCUUGACGAAAAGCUGUCAGUUCGGGGGGUGAAGGGCCUCAGAGUGGCGGACUGCAGUGUCAUGCCCACUCUCCAUUGCGGCCAUACCCAAAUGCCUGCGUAUGCUCUGCAAUGA